AUGUCGGCAGCACAUUUUGUUUUGAUAGAUAAGAGCAUAAAUUCAGUGGUUGGUAUUGCAAAAGAUGUUCUGGUGAGCAUUAAGGGGUUGACGUUCCCUAUCGACUUCUACAUUCUAGAGAUGCCCCCAAGUGACUCUGAAAGACCUUCAUCCAUCUUACUUGGAAGGCCAUUUCUGAAGACUUCGCGGUUCAAGUUGGAUGCCUUCUCGGGCACUUAUUCUUUUGAGAUAGAUGGCAGAACAGUGAGUUUCAACCUUGAUGAAGCUAUGAAGCACCCACCGGAAGAUUACUCCAUCUUCCAAUGCGACAUUAUUGAGGAGAUCGUGGUUGAAGUUCACCAAGAGGCAGUAGAAGAGACGACCAUGGAGCAAGGCGCAAGUGUGGGAAAGCCCUCUGAGUAUACUGAAGAUGCCUUGCUACCUCCAGUGGUCCCGGAUGAUCAAGUGCCAAGCUAUGAGCUAAAAAUGGAGUUGAAACCCCUUCCACCCCACCUCAAGUAUGCAUAUCUUAAGGACAAUCAGAAGCUCCCAGCUAUUAUCAAAGGAACUCACUUCCCAACAAGAGGAGCAACUGCUUACAUAUUUCUAGAGGAGGGAGCAAGGCCUAUUCGUCAAUCUCAAAGGUGGGUGAACCCCACCAUAUUAGAGAUUGUGAAGAAGAAAGUGACCAGACUGCUUGAAGCUGACAUCAUCUAUCCAAUCUCGGAUAGUAAAUGGGUUAGUCCAGUACAGGUAGUUCCGAAGAAUUCUUGCAUCACCACAGUAAAUAAUGAGCAAGGAGAACUCAUGGCUACAAGAGUGCAAAAUUCCUGGAGGGUGUGCAUUAACUACAGGCGCUUGAACCAGGCCACUCGCAAGGAUCACUACCCAUUGCCUUUCAUCGAUCAAAUGCUUGAUCGCCUAUUAGGACAUGUUGUUUCUAAUACUGAUAUAUCUGUUGAUCCUACAAAGGACUUCAGUAAGGUAGCACUGCCUUUGUCCCGUCUACUGAAGAAAGAUGUAGAGUUUGAGUUGAGUGAAGAAUGCAUGGAGGUAUUUGACAAGCUAAAGAUUGCCUUGACCCAAGCUCCUAUUGUGAGAGGGCCAGACUGGAGUAGGCCAUUCGAGAUCAUGUGCGACGUAUCAAACUAUGCAGUAGGAGCAGCACUGGCUCAGUGCGAAGGUAAGGACCCAUAUAUUAUUGCCUAUGCCUCUAAAACUUUAGAUGGUGUCCAGUCUAAUUAUACUACCACUGUAAAAGAAUUGUUAGCUAUUGUUUUUGCUCUGGAUAAAUUCCGAGCCUAUUUACUUGGAACUAAGGUGGUAGUAUAUUCAGACCAAGCAGCCUUGAAAUAUCUAUUAGCUAAGAAAGAGUCUAAACCAAGGUUAAUUUGUUGGAUAUUGUUGUUGCAAGAAUUUGAUUUAGAGAUCAAAGAUAGGAGUGGUUCCCAAAAUUUAGUGGCGUACCACUUGAGUCGCCUUGAACACAUUAAAAGUGAUUCCACUCCUAUCAAUGAUGCAUUUCCACUUGAUAGCUUGCAAGCAAUAUUUGAGGUGGUUCCUUGGAGAAUGACAGGUCUACUGAAGAAACAAGGCUUCAUUCACAAGUUGGUGAUAGCUUACCAUCAUCAGACCAAUGGACAAGGCGAGGUGUCCAAUAGGGAGAUCAAGCGCAUACUAGAGAAGAUUGGGAAGCCUCAUCGGAAGGAUUAG